UUAUACAGCCCAAUGUCAGACAGUUCGAUAAGUGUUUAUUUAAUGCAACUUACGAGACAAAAUUUUUGAUCCAUGGAGUUGCCGUGUUCCUGACACCUGGAAAUUUGUUUGAUGAUCUUAAAGAUGCUCUUUUAAAAUAUGGCAACUACAAUGUUAUCAUAGUCGAUUGGACUCUUUACAACAAUAUACCUUUCCGGUUGGCGUACAGGGAUGCAAGACUCGUUGGCGAGAAAGUGGGAGAGAUGAUGAAGUUUAUUGAGGCUUAUAAAAAAGUAUCUUUAAAGACUUUUCACUGCAUUGGCCAUAGCUUAGGCUCCCAUAUAUGCGGCGUAACAGGAAGAAAAGUUCGUGCAUUAGUAAGAAUAACUGGUUUGGAUCCAGGUGGGGUUUCAUUAAAAGAAUCCUUGAAACCAAACAUAGGCCUUAGAUACACAGAUGCAGAUUUUGUUGAUAUAAUUCAUACCAGUGGCAUAUCCUCAGAUAGUGGGCUGGGAUUUUUUCAACCAGUUGGGCAUCACGACUACUACCCUAAUGGUGGUGUGAAGCAACCUCGUUGUGUUCUAGGAAAUUCGUACAAGGUAUUUAAAGGGAAAACUCUUAUAGUUUGGACAAAUCUAGACAGGAUUUUAUGCCUUCACUUCAUCGCUAUUGAGUAUUUCACCAAUUCCCUCAAGCCCAACUGCAAAUUCUUUGCCACUGAGUGCGAAAAUUAUUCAGAUUUUGAAAAGGGGCAAUGCCAGUCACGAACCAAAACAGAAAUGGGAUUUCGUGCCAAGAAAAUAGAAGGGAUUAAACCCUUGACCAAGUUUUAUCUGGAAACGCUGGAAUUUCCUCCUUAUUGUAUGGGAUAGAAUAGCCAUAUAUUUUAUGCAUAAGACAUUCCAUUUGGUUUUAAUGUUUAGUAUCAUCAUAGUUAUGCAUUUUACAGCAUAUUACACAGUUUACAGCCUAAAGCAUGCCAAUUAUAAAUAGGGUAUAUCUUACGAAAACUAUGUAUUACGGAAGCAUUUUGGAAUGAAGAAAGCUACAAUAAUGAAACUUAUCUCCACCAAAAUUAAACUGAUAACAUAAAAUCGUCUC